ACUGUGUUGCGAUGACGUUGAAGUCCGGAAAUCGAAACUUAAUCGAACUAAAUGAUACGAAGAAAAGAAAGUAUUCUUGAUCUGUGGUGGAUGUCAGUCGAAACUGACACUAGUAGUACAGUCACUGUAAACCUGCUAUGAAAUUUUAGUUUUUGUGGUCGUCCGGUGAAUAUAUGGCGUUCACGUUCUGAUCAAGGCUAAGAUUGAGUGAAGUGUCACUGUCUUCCUAUAGAGUUAUUUUUAACUGUGCAAUGGAGUCUCUGUCAGGGAAUUUUAUUUCGCUGCUAAACGAGUACCAGCAGAGGAGUAAGUGCACCGUGGAGUAUGAGGAGGGAUCCACAGAGGGACCGAGUCAUAAUAAAACCUUCACUAUGAGGGUGAUUAUAAAUGGUCAGCGGUAUCCUGAUGGCACUGGGAAAACCAAGAAGGAGGCAAAGCAAAGUGCUGCCAAGAACGCCCUUAAUGGCAUAAAGAGAACUCACAAUACUGAAUCUGACGAGAACAGCAAUAGAGUACGGAGGAGGUCAGAGGUUGCAUCUCUUGGCACUAGCCUGGACCGUUUGAAUUUGAGUACUGCUGAUGAAUUUCGAAGCUCCACACCUGACCACAACUACAUUGCGUAUCUCAAUGACUUCUGCCAGAAAAAUAAAUGUGUACUUGAUUUCAAAUUAGUGGAGAAAAGAGGUCCUCCUCACAACCCAGAGUUUGUGUUUAAAGUUGUCAUAGACGGGAAGGAAUACCCAGAAGGACAAGGAAAGAGCUCAAAAGAGGCGAAGCAACAUGCUGCUCAGAACGCUUGGAGUGAAAUUCGUGAUCAGAUUGGCUGGACCACACAGAGUUCUGAAGAUGACACCUCUUCACAAACCCCAGAGACAUCCACUAGCCUGGACCGUUUGAAUUUGAGUACUGCUGAUGAAUCUCGAAGCUCCACACCUGACCACAACUAUAUUGCGUAUCUCAAUGACUUCUGCCAGAAAAAUAAAAGUGUACUUGAUUUCAAAUUAGUGGAGAAAAGAGGCCCUCCUCACAACCCAGAGUUCGUGUUUAAAGUUGUCAUAGACGGGAAGAAAUACCCAGAAGGACAAGGAAAGAGCUCAAAAGAGGCGAAGCAACAUGCUGCUCAGAACGCUUGGAGUGAAAUUCGUGAUCAGAUUGGCUGGACCACACAGAGUUCUGAUGAUGACACCUCUUCACAAACCCCAGAGACAUCUAAAUCUGAGGAUGCACGACUCUCAUCAAACAGCUCGGCUGAAACUCCCAGCAAAAGUGAUUUCAUCGUCUUCAAAGACUCAUCUGCUGUCUGUUCUCCUAUGGCCAUAAGUCCUCGUGCAAGCCCAGUGGAUGUGAGACCGAGAAUAAAAUUAGCACCGACUUUUCAACUGUCACCAAACGGCCUGGCCCCGGUUAAAGAGAAUGCUCCUAACAUGAAUUCACACAAUCUGACAAAGUCAUCUGGAGAUCAACCAUCAAAUCAAGCUACAAAGUCAAGGUUUUUAGAAGACUUUGACUCAAUAAAUCCGAUUGGCAAAGGUGGCUUCGGACGAGUUUUCAAGGCAAGACGAAAACUGGAGAACAAAUACUAUGCUGUGAAGAUAGUGAAGAGUAGAGAAAAAGCUCUUCGUGAGGUUGGUGCUUUGGCUGGUUUUAAUAACGCCAACAUCGUCCGCUACUACACAGCUUGGGAAGAGGACACGGCGUAUAAACAUGAGUCUUCAGAGACCAUCUCAGAUUCUGGCAGUGGCUCGGGGACAAAGUUCCUCUACAUUCAGAUGGAGCUUUGUGAGGGAGACACGCUGCGUGUCUGGAUUGAUAAAAGAAACUCUUCAAAUGAACACUUCCCUAAGAGAAGAACAGACGCAGCACAGAUCAGCAGGCAGGUGCUGACGGCCGUGGAGUACAUUCACUCUGAGGGCUUGAUCCACAGAGACCUGAAGCCUCCAAACAUAAUGUUCGGCAAUGAUGGUAGAGUGAAGGUGGGAGACUUCGGCCUCGUGACUGCAGCAGAAAAUGACAAUGAUGAGCUACUGCUGGAGCGGACUAAAAGGACAGGAACCCGUAAUUACAUGAGCCCAGAGCAGGCAACUCAAACCUCCUAUGACAGAAAGGUGGAUAUAUACGCUCUGGGUCUCAUAUACUUUGAGCUCAUCUAUAAUCUCGCCACAAUACAUGAAAAGAGAAAGAUUUGGGAAGAUAUAAGAAGAAGAGUUUUUCCACAACAGUUCUCCAGGAAAUUUAGCUUUGAGCACAAUCUCAUACAGCGAAUGUUGAGUCCCAGUCCUGAAGACAGACCAGAUGCGACAGAACUGAUCAGAGAGCUGGAUGAAUAUUCCACUGAACUGGAGCCAGAUAAAGACAUCAAGACAAUGUGAUUCUGAUGGGAUCUUGUCUCUUUUAUAAAAAUAGCAAUUGCUUAUAUUUAAGGCAAAGCAUUUAGCAGAGCAACUUACAAAAAGUGCUUUAUAUUCAGACUGACACAGUCAACAGAUGGCAAGUGUGCAAUUUAAUCUAUAAAGCAACUACAUUUCCAAAAAUGAAAAUUUUAUCAUUAUUUACUCAUCCUCAUGUUUCAUGUUUUUGGCAGAAUAUCUGUGUAAAAAAAGUACAAAAUGUGCAUUUUACAUUGUCUAAAACUCCUCUCUGAUCAUGCUGUUGUAUUACUGUUAUUCAUUCUGUAUGUUUACAUGAAUUAUUCUGAAACAAUGGUUGACAUCACUGAUUCACUCUGUUCUCUAUUUGGAUGAAUUACCUUUGGAACAAAAGUUGUUAUUGUGUCUGUAUUGCAUAAUAUUCUGGAGUUAAAAUCAUGGAGCUUUUAAUCUCAUCUACAGGUUAUGGAAUCAUAUCUCAUGCGGGGAAAAAGUGGUACAUUUGAGGCCAUUUUUGUCUCUUUUGCUGUUUGUGAAGGUUUUUGCGGAACAUCUGAUUUGAUAUUGUUGGGAUGUUCUUGUGAAAGUAAAAAUCUGUUACAGAACAUACAUACUUAAAUUGCCAGGCUGUCAUUGUAAAUAAGAAAGAUCAAAUGAAAUGCCAACUCAUUCAUGUGUCAAAAUAAAAUGUCAAAAAUAGGUUGACAGCUGAUCAUAGACGUGAUCAGAUUAACAUGUCAGCUAAAGUUUGAACAUACUUGUAGAUGAAAAAAGUGUUUUUAAAAAUGUGAAAGGCCAAAGUGUUAAAUCUCUUCAUAUUCAGUAGACACUUAAAAAUAAAGGUUCCAAAAAAAAGUUUUGCAGAACAAAAGAAGA